UAGUUGAAGGUGAUGAUGGUAUUCGGGCUUUACAAUGUCUGAUUUGUCAUGAGUUUAAGAAUAUUGACUUAUUUGAUGUAGAUGAUACAAACUUGACAGUUGAUACCCAUAACAUUCUUCAUCAUUUAGAGAGAUAUCAUGUAGAUGUUGAAGUUGCAUCAGAUAAUGAACAUGUACCAGGAGAUUCUGAUUGUGAGGUUGAUACUCCUUCUGAUGUGGAGUAUGAUGAAGAAAGGCUUCAGUUGUUUGAGAAACAAAGAAACAGUACUGUAAGUGAUAAAUUGGAGCACUACAAGGAAUUGGAGAAGGGGAUGUCAUUUGCCACCAUUGAGGAAGCUAGAAAGAUAAUGAACUACUAUGCUAUAGCUAGUAGACGUGGAUUGAAGAUUGAAAAAGUUGAUCGUAGCAGGGCUAGGUAUGUUUGUCAAGUUGGAUGCCCUUGUAAAUGUAAUAUUUCACAGGAUAAAAAAGGGGCUUCUGGAUUUAGUAUAAAAAAUUUGAUAAGUGAACAUACUUGUUUUCCAUGCUACAAAAAUUCUAGGGCUGAUUCGAAGACAUUAGCUCAAUACUUCAAAAGUAAAUUACAGAGAGAUCCUAAGUACACUGUGAAGGAAAUGAGAGAAGAAUUAUCAACUGAUUUUGAUUUGCAUGUUACAAAAUCCAAGGUAAAGAGGACUAAGGUGAUGAUCCUUGAAAAACUAGACGGGAGUUUCAUGGAUGACUUUAACAAACUUGAAGCAUAUGGGGCUGAAUUAAAAAAGUCUAAUCCAGGAACUGAUGUUGAAAUAAACAUCUCAAAAGAUGCUUUUGAGCAAGGUAUAAGAAAGUUCUUGAGGAUGUACAUAUGUUUUAAUGCCUUGAAGGUAGGUUGGAAAAGUGGAUUAAGACCACUCAUUGGUUUGGAUGGUACUUUCUUGAAGGAUAGGAUCAAAGGUCAAGUGUUGGUUGCUGUGGGACAAGAUUCUAUGAAUCAAUUCUAUCCAAUUGCUUGGGCAGUGGUUGACAAAGAAACUACUAGGACAUGGUCAUGGUUUGUGGAGCUUUUGAAGAGGUCUUUUGACCUUAAAGAUGGAAGUGGAGUGCCUUUUAUUUCUGACAUGCAAAAGGGGUUACUGGAUGCUAUGAGCAAUGUACUUCCUGCAGCUCAUCAAAGAUUUUGUGUUAGACACAUUGAAUCUAAUUGUCUAAAAAAGUGGAGGAGCGGGGAAAUGAAAAAGUUGAUGUGGUGGUGUGCUUGGAGCACAUAUGAUGAAGAGUUCAAAGAUCAACUCAACAGGCUAGGCAAAUUGGAUGCAGAUGUUGCUAAGGACUUGAUUAGUAAACCACCUCGGGCAUGGUGUAGAGCCUACUUCGACACGCAGUGUAAGAACACAAUGGUUUUCAAUAACUUCACAGAAUCCUUCAAUGCUUGGAUUUUAGAAGCAAGAGGUAUGCCAAUUAUCAAAAUGUUGGAGGAAAUAAGGAUUAAGGUUAUGACUAGGUUGGCUGAAAAUGAAGACAAAGUUAGGCAUUGGAAAACUGAACACAGUCCACAAUGCAUGAAGUUGUACAAUGAUUAUAGGGCAAUAGCACAUGGAUGCACUGUGAACUUUAAUGGUGAUUAUGGCUAUGAAGUGUCUGAAGCUGAUGAUAGACAUACUGUGAACUUAGAGCAUAUUAGAUGCACCUGCAGAUUGUGGGACUUGUCUGGAAUUCCCUGCCCUCAUGCCAUUAAUGCAUUUAUGCAUAAGAAAGUUGUUCCAAAGACACAAAUUCACUGGUUUUACAGUAAAGAAGCCUAUUUGCUGACAUACAAGCAUAAAAUGCAACUUGUUAGAGGAAUACAAUUUUGGAAUGUUGAUCCUACUCAUGCAAUGGAACCACCUGAUAUGAUCAAAAUGAUUGGAAGACCCACGAAAAAAAGAGAUAGAACAACAGAUGAAGCAAGAAAAAGAAAAGGUGAAUGGAGUUCAUCAAGAAAAGGUUCUAUAAUGACAUGUAGCAAUUGUGGGGAACAAAAUCACAACGCAAGAGGUUGUUAUAAGGCAAAAGGGGCUGAACAGAUUUCAAAGAAAGGCAAAGGCAAAGAAAAAAUAGGUGAGACAUCAACUGAAACACAACAAUCUAGCCAUGCCUCAAGAAGUAACAGUUAUGAGCCUGAAUUUGGUACGCAACCAUCUCAACAAUCAGCCUUUCAAACUCAAUUUGAUACUCAACAGUCAACAACUUAUGGACCUGAUAUUGGUGACGAUGAAGACCCAAUAUUGAGGCAAAAAACCAUCUCUGAAGCUGAUAUAUUGUUGGCCAUGAGAAAGAGCAGAAUGACACCAUCAACUGGUGGUAGAAGAAUUCAAUUCACCGGAGAUGCAACUGGGGUGUCAACUCCAACAAACUUGCCUUAUUCACCAACAAAGAUAACUUGGCGAGGAAAGGAAGUUGUUACAUCCAAUCAGUUACUAAAUGAUGCGAGGAAAAAACGUAUCAAGAUAAUGGCAAGAAAAGGGCAAGGGGAACCAGCCCCCGAUUCUUCUGAAAUAUGA